AUGCCCAUCCGUUCCCGCUCAUCAUCGCUUCGUGGAUGCGCGGUGCCUGAACCUGUGGGUGCUGUGCUGCAUCGCUCUCGUGCGGUGGCCCGUUCCUGCUCAUCAUCGCUUCGUGGAUGCGAGGUGCCUGAUCCUGUUGGUGCUGUGCUGCAUCGCUCCCGCGCGGUGGCCCGUUCCUGCUCAUUAUCGCUUCGUGGAUGCGCGGUGCCUGAACCUGUUGGUGCUGUGCUGCAUCGCUCUCGUGCGGUGGCCCGUUCCUGCUCAUCAUCGCUUCGUGGAUGCGCGGUGCCUGAUCCGGUUGGUGCUGCGCUGCAUCGCUCUCGUGCGGUGGCCCGUUCCUGCUCAUCAUCGCUUCGUGGACGCGCGGUGCCUGAUCCUGUUGGUGCUGUGCUGCAUCGCUCUCGUGCGGUGGCCCGUUCCUGCUCAUCAUCGCUUCGUGAAUGCGCGGUGCCUGAUCCGGUUGGUGCUGCGCUGCAUCGCUCUCGUGCGGUGGCCCGUUCCUGCUCAUCAUCGCUUCGUGGACGCGCGGUGCCUGAUCCUGUUGGUGCUGUGCUGCAUCGCUCUCGUGCGGUGGCCCGUUCCUGCUCAUCAUCGCUUCGUGGAUGCGCGGUGCCUGAACCUGUUGGUGCUGUGCUGCAUCGCUCUCGCGCGGUGGCCCGUUCCUGCUGUACACCAAUCACAAGGGGCACGGCACGACUCGAAAAUAGUACAGUGAAUAAGUCAUCGGUCCCUGCUCAUCCAGGACCUAAUCGCACCAGGUCCCCAACCAGACAGAAGCAGUUAACGCGCGCGGCUACCAACCCCGCACUUACAGGUAACCUCUCACUUCCUCAGGAAUACGUUCUACUGGCAACUGCGGUUUUACUGUUGCAAGAUGGUGAUGGUAAAUGGCAGCGUAUUCGCUGCAUAAUAGAUUCGGGCAGUCAGGUGGACGCCAUCACUACUGACGCUGCCCAACGACUCAGACUACCAUUGACACCUGGAUACUUAAUACUGAAUGGGGUAAGCGGCAAUAUCCAAAUAACUAAUAAAACACAAGUUUCAAUUACUACCACCAAUGGCACGUAUCGGCGCCAAUUAAAUAUGUACCUUCUUCCUGGACUAAAUGACCAACCUACCCGAGUAAUCGAGUAUGCUGAAUCGGAAUUGCCCCCCAUGAAUUCACUUGCUGAUGCCCGCUUCAGUUAUCCUGGUUCGAUUGAUGCUAUACUAGGAGCUGGAGUCUUCUUUGAUGCUCUUCGUUCCGGCGUUCGUCAGUUAUCCAAUGGCCUCAGGCUUCUGAAUUCCAAAUUUGGUUGGUUAGUAGGGGGAUCAUUGAGCAACAUUGAUUCGUCCAAUCGGUACAUGCGUAGUUGCAACUCUUUGGAGUGUGGAGAUGAGUUCAAGGAAUGUAUCGAGCAAUUUUGGAAGGUUGAGGAGAUCACUCCGAUCUCAACAAUCAGUGGUAUUUCUCAAGAACUCGACCUGGACGAACACUUCAAAAGACACUUAACCCGUGCUGAAGAUAAUCGCUACGUGGUUCGAAUUCCUCUACGGGGGGAGUUGACUCAGCUAGGAGACUCUCUUGAACAAGCGCAACGACGACUAUUUUCCCUCGAACGGAGGUUAUCCCGGCAUGAGCCUACUUACGAUGAAUACCGGAAAUUCAUGCGUGAAUAUUUGGAAAUGGGACAUAUGACGCCAGUUCAGGCGAAUGAACUACAUAUGGUACGCUACGUGAUACCGCAUUCGUGUGUGAUCAAACCUGAUUCAACUACCACCAAAUUGCGUGUAGUAUUUGAUGCGAGUGCAAAAUCCAGCAGUGGAGUUUCACUCAACGACAUCCAAGCCAUCGGACCAGUACUGCAACCUGACCUAAUGCAUAUUUGGUUGGAUUUUCGUACACAAACGGUAGUGGCCACUGCAGACAUCGCAAAGAUGUAUCGUCAGAUAUGGGUGGCAGAACCUGAUACCUGGAUGCAAUGUAUCCUAUGGCGUAAUGAUCCACAGCAAUCAGCGCAAAUGUAUCGACUUCGCACUGUCACGUACGGUGAAGCUUCGUCCUCAUAUCUCGCCUGUAGGGCACUUCACGAGGCCGGCCAGGAAGUACGCUCUACGUACCCAAAAAUUGCCGACGUAAUUCAAAAAUCAUUCUACGUAGAUAACCUAUCUUUCGGCGCUGCAACGCCAGAAGAACUACGUGAUCUUCGAACCGGCGUCGAAAGGGCACUCCUGAACAGAGGAAUGCCCUUACGAAAAUGGGCAUCCAAUGUUCCUGACGUGAUCGAUGACAUACCCGUAGAACAUCGAGAGUCUACGGUUCAGAUUGGCGAUAAGCAGGCCAUAAAAAUGUUAGGUUUGGCUUGGUGUCCCUCAGAGGAUACUUUUCAACUGAUCAUUGACGACUCCUUCUUUGAACCAAUUAAGACCGUGAGUAAACGACAUUUAGUAUCCAGAAUUGCAAAACUAUAUGAUCCCAUCGGAAUGCUUCAGCCAGUGAUUAUCAGAGCAAAGAUCAUGAUGCAGAAUCUGUGGCGCGAUGGCAUAGAAUGGGACGAGGAGGUGUCACCUUGCGUGAUAAAGGAAUGGAAUGAGUUCACUGCCCAGCUUCCCUUACUUCGCCAGUUGCAGAUACCACGAAUGGUACUGCCAAGUGAAACCAAAAAUGCCUCCAUUUACGGAUUUUGCGACGCCUCCGCGAAAGCGUAUGGUUGUGCUAUAUACGUGCGUUAUCUAAAUGUCAAGGGUAAAUGGAAAUCGCACCUGUUGUGUUCAAAAUCAAGGGUUGCACCACUAAAAGAACUCACCCUUCCGCGAUUGGAGCUACAGGCAGCAUUGCUUCUAGCCGAAGUCUACGAAAAAAUAAAGGACGUAUUCGAUACUCGCAUAACUCAAACAAAAUGGUGGACAGAUUCUCAAGUAGUGCUAUCUUGGGUGCGCUCUAACAAUAUGAAAUGGGAUGUAUUCGUGAAGAACAGGGUGGCAAAAAUACAAGCAAUAACACAUGCUUCAGACUGGCAUUACGUACCCACGAAGCUCAACCCAGCAGACAUAGUUUCUCGAGGACUGUCAGCUCGCAAAUUAAUUAGCGCUGAGUUCGUACAGUUGUGGUUCGAGGGGCCACCUUUCAACAGUACUGAUGAAACACCCCAGCAGUGUACCUACCGCAUUCCCAUCCCAGACGAAGGCGCUGGCACCUCACAGUUACUGACGGCAACCAUAGGUCCGACUUGUGCUGAUCUCAUCUCGCAGUACAAGUACCACAACUCAUUCAUUAAGACUAGACGACAUUUUGCUUGGCUAGGCAGAACUAUUCAUAACUUCAGAUCAAAUACCACUAAAAUUCGUGUCAAUUGCAAGCAGGCAGCCGAGAAGAGAAAUGGCCCACUAGGAUUGGAUGAACUAGACCAUGGACUAAAGCUUCUACUACUGGUAAUGCAAACCUCAGCUUUUCCAAAUGAAGUUCAAGAAAAGAAUAACACCGGGUCCGUAAGUGCGAAGGGACCUUUCCAACACCUCAACCCAAUCGUUAAGGAUAACUUGAUUCACGUGCAAGGACGACUAUUGAACGCUGACCUGUCUGAUGAAUGUAAGUUGCCCAUACUUGUGCCUAAGGCUCACCCAUUUGUUAAAGUAAUGAUUCGACAUAUCCAUGAAGACAACUUUCACGCCGGUGCAGAUUUUGUCAUCACUGAGUUUCGCUCGAAAUUUUGGAUGCGGGAUCUUAGGCGCAUGGUAAUAGGUGUGCUAUCUCGUUGCGUAUUAUGCGUUCGCGCCAGGCCUCGACAGUUUUGUCAACAGAUGGGCCAGUUGCCAGCUGCCCGCGUAACAGAGUCGCCGGCAUUCACCCACACUGGCGUAGACUUGUGCGGUCCAUUCGAGGUGAUACCCGGCUCGCGAUCAAAAUACAAAAUAACGAUCUACGUGUGUAUAUUCGUGUGCUUCUCAACCAAAGCAAUUCACUUGGAAAUAGUAGAGAAUCAGUCAACAUCUGCCUUUAUCUCGGCACUACUCAGAUUCGUGUCCCUUCGUGGAAGACCAGAUAUUAUAUAUUCGGAUAAUGGUCGCAACUUCGUGGGUGCUGAAAAGGAGCUAAGUGAGCUUCGGAAAACGUUCAACAACCGAGAAUUUCAAGACGACGUAGUAGGGGCCGCUGCCGAGAAGGGAAUUCGAUUUUCAUUCAUCCCUCCUCGGAGCCCCAAUUUCGGAGGACUUUGGGAGGCCAAUAUUAAGGUGGCAAAGCGACUGUUGAAAGCUGCCUCUAAAGGAGCCCAGCUAAACGUGAUUGAACUACAAACAUUACUGCACCAAAUCUCAGCCAUUCUCAAUUCCAGACCUCUCACCGCAACCCACACCAGCCCUGAUGCCAUAGAGCCUCUCACUCCCGCCCAUUUCCUGAUAGGAAGACCAUCAUUUGCAAUUCCCGCCGAGGUGAUGGUCAAUGAUUCGGAAGGCACAAAAACUCGAUGGAAGCGAGUACAAAAACUAUCACAGCAGUUUUGGACACGAUGGAGGACGGAAUACCUAGCUCAGUUACGUUGCAGCGCUAAAUGGACGAAAAAGACCCCCAACAUACAAACCGGGCAGAUUGUAUUAGUGGGCGACGACAACGUACCAGUCGGGCGGUGGCCAAUGGGAAUGGUGACAAAGAUCUACGUGGGACCCGACGGAGUAGUUCGCGUGGCUGACGUACGGACGGGCAGUGGCACUUACAAGCGAAAUGUCAGACUUCUUGCUCCACUCCCUAUUGACCCUAACGAUGAGACGGACGACGAAAAAUCAGCAGAGGGAGAUUGUUCUCAAAGUGACAGGGUGAAAGACGAACAUUUUCAGACGACAGAGCACGAAGAUGACCCACCACCAUUGAAUAAUAUUUGGGACGGGCGACUUCGUCCCAAAGGGGGGAGAAAUGGUGACCGAUAAAACGGUCCACUCGAAACAGAGAAAGAAGUCGACUUGCGUACGUUCUAUAAGCCGAAUUCGCUAUAAGCUAUAAGAAGAAUGCGUUCGUUCUAUAAGCCCGAACGCGAAUCUAUUCGCACACGAAUUCGAACGCGUUGAUACUAUAAUCUUUCUCUCGACCAAUCGCGUGACGACACGUCUCGCCGCCACGUGUAAUGCAAGAGGAAUGCGAUCUCUAACGUCCGGUGAGAGAGUGAUCAAAGGAUCAAGCAACGGGAGAUCGUUCUCUUUCGUUCGAAGGCCAUCGGGUCGUGAAGACGUGUUCGCGAGUGAUAUCUAUAUUAAAAUAAAUCUCGCAGUGAAUUCGCAAAAAUA